GAGGGCAAGGGACCAGGGGACUUAUUACCCAAGGCAGGAUGGGUCACAUGCAGACAUCUACAAGAGGAGCUGUGGCCAGGGCUCAUGUGCAGAACUGAUUUGUGUCCUGCUGAGUCCACUGCACACUCCUACAGAUGAAAACCCUCUCACUUCUUCUCUUCCUCCUCGCCCCUGUCCCGGGCUUGCUGGGCUCCAGCAGAUCACUGUGUUCCAUGGAUGAAGCCAUCGACAAGAAGAUCAAGCAAGGCUUCGGCUCCCUAUUGUCAGAAGCAGUAGCGAACAUUGGCUUGCAAUGCCGGACAGUCUCUUCCAGAGGGGAGUUGGCCUCCUGUCCACAAGGCUUAGCAGUCACCAGCUGCUCCUGUGGCUUUGCCUGCGGCUCGUGGGAUGUUCGAGAGGGAACGACAUGUCACUGCCAGUGCGCGGGCAUAGAUUGGACAGCAGCCCGUUGCUGUGGCCUGGGGGUUGGUGCUUGAGGUCUUGAGAGUUGAGCUUGCCUGCCAUGUGCUGGAGCAGAGGGGUGGGGAUGGGGAGAGGGCAGGGGGAAAGUCCAAGAUGAGGGGCUGGAAAUACAGAAUGAGAUGAUGGUGAUGUUGCUGCUGAUGGUGAUGAUAAAAGUGCAUGGUGAAGUGGA